UUGCCAGAUGCUUGGGUACUACCAAUCUUGGACCACUUGGAGUAAAUAUUUGACUGAUUUGUUUGUUUUUGGAACAUGGAGGAAAUCUGAAUUCAGGCCCCAAACUUAUCUGGGGUCUCACAUGUGGUUAAAAAUUCACAAAGGAGAUUUUGGAUCCCGUACCAAAUACCUCAACGGAUAUUAUUAUUUCUUACUAUAUUCUUUUGGGAGGAGAAAACUGAGUUUGUGAAGGGAUAGAAAUACAGCUACACAGUUACUCACCUGUCAUUUCAGAAGGCUGGCUGCAGUUCUCUCCAAGAAUAAAUCCCAAGAAGUUUCAUGGUGAAAUAAACAGAAAUCUGCAAGUAAUAUUUUGGAUAAAACCACUUGAAGCUCAAAGAUCUCAAUUUCCCUUAAUCAGAUCCAGGAUUCCUGAGACCCCUGGGAAUGGUUUAUCAUUCUAGUUGAAGGCUGUUCACUUCCUUCCAGUCAUGGGGUUCUUCAUUCUGCUCAUCUUGACUGUCUUUUCAGAGGCUAUGGUCAUGGAUGAAAAGGUGAAGGAGAGCUUUGCGCUGGACACAACUUCUGCCACCUGCAGCUACAAUGCCCACUAUAAGGACCACCCCAAAUAUUGGUGCCGAGGCUACUUCCGGGACUACUGCACCAUCAUCGCCUUCACACCCAACAGGACGGACCGCAUGGCCCUGAGAGACACGGGAAGCCAGCUCAUCAUCACUGUGUCCUGCCUGACCAAGGAGGACGCGGGCUGGUACUGGUGCGGCAUCCAGCGGGCCUUUGCCAGGGACGACAUGGAUUCUACCGAGCUGGUGGUGACUGACAGCACGGGAGGCCUGGCCCAUGAUCUCUGGUCUGGGAAAGGCCUGUCAGGCAACAAGACCAGAAGCUGCAAGGCAUCCAGAGUGGUCCGCAAGGCCGAUCGCUCCAGGAUGUCCAUUCUCAUCGUCUGCAUACUGAUCACGGGCUUGGGGUCCAUCUUUAUAAUCAGUCAUUUGUCCAAAAGAAGGAGAAGCCAAAGGAGUAGAAGGGGUAGAAUCCUCACUAGAAGCCAGAAAACCAGUCAAGCUUCUUUUGUGAUCCCCACACCUCUGACAAGUCACUGAAGCCCUCCUCCUGUGUCCUGACUCCAUAGAAAAUAGCUCAUGCUGAACAGAUGUGACUGAAGAUUUAUUUAGUUUAUGACUUAAGUGAUGCUACAAUAAAGUUGUCAUGACAACCGACCCCCACCUUGUGGGAACCGAUUGUGAUCUCUCAGGUGUACUGCAGGACCCUCUGACUUGGCAGUGAUUGCUUGCUGCUAGCUGAGAACAGCAGGUGCAGGUGAAGAAAAGGGGCAAAACCUGGCUCAGAGGGCCAGGAGAUCACUUGUGUUUUCUUGGUUCGCCAAUAAACUCCUGACUGGUGUUGAAUGGACUCUCAGGUAUGACUAACCUCUCCUGGGAUAUCCCUGGAAGUAUGUUUCCGGGAAAAUUUCAAGCACAAUAUUGCGAUAUUUAUUUCUGCAUUGGUAUUACCUGCUAUCAGAAGAAGGGGUAUCGGCCAAACCAGCAGGUGUCAGGUUUUCUUGGGGGAAAGAUUGUCCCCUCUGGGACAUUGUCUGCAGACUGAAUGGAGGCCGCUCUGGAUCAGUCAGAAACCAAGGUGUGGUGAGUGAAAUAUUCAGUCACAUCAGGAAGCACAAAUCAAGAUGGAGGGAGGCAUCGGGAGCUGUGGGUACAAGGGAGGCUGUACUGUCCGAAAUGCCAGAGCCACCUGCAUGUCUGCACCUUCUCUCCCCAUGUGAAGUCUUCCCUGCUAUUUCAGGGAGUUUCAGGAGCUCCCCAUCACUGCCUCUGCUGCCCCUCACAAUCCUACAGGUUUGUUCUAAUUCCACGAAUGAGGGUUCCAGAGACUUUUCUUCUUCCCUUCCCUGGCAAAGACCUUUU